AUGAGUUUGAUACAAAUCACGCUUUCGCAUGGAGACAAAGGCGUCGUCAUAGUGCUCAACGGGUGGACUUUCUGCGCUCAUGGCCACGAAUGCUGCGGUGUGUGCAAGCUGGACACGCGCUUACACAACGACGGAAUCGCUCAGAACGUCAAGGCUCCGGGUCCUGAUCACCGUCAAGGUCUAUCCGUAGCCGGACGAUUCGCCGCCCACAGGAGCGGUCAGCGCGGAGUCGCCUUCCACUGCAAAGAGCAUAGCACGCAAGACUGCGCGAAGUGCUUCAACUGGAAUAAACUCGUCAAAGCAAACGCCAAGAAGCGCAACUCGGGCAAAGUCGAAAAUCGCGACCGGCUCCUCCAACUGCUGCGUGCUUUGGGUGUCGACUUCGCGGAGUUCAAGAAGCUCGUUACGCCGGCGCUGGAGAAGAAGCUCACGAUGGCGCUCGACUAUGCGCAGAAGCUCGUGUUGUUCUCUGAUGGUAUACCUCUCCUCCCCACCAUGCUGCCGCUCUGGACGGCUGAGGACAACUCGCGCGAAUUCGACCCAGACAAAGGCGACAUGACUGUUCAGGAUAUCCUCCUGUCGAUACGCUUUCUUGGUGAUCCAGUGGAUAUCGAACAACUCCGGGAGACGGUUCUUGCUAUAGCGAAGCACUACACGUCUGGCGCAGACACCUUCAUCUUACAGGACGCAAACAAAGAAGCAGCUAUUGGCAUGCGGGUUCUGGGUGUUUACAAACUCAAUGGAGCUAUGCCGCUCAUCACCGUCGUCUUCAAGGACGUCGCCGGACCAGCCAUACCCGUAUUGAAGGGCCUAAUGCAGUCCGGCGCAAAAGAGCGUACAGUAGAGGAGAUCGCCUGUACUCCGGAUCACCAACUCUUGAUCCGCCGUCUUCUGUUCCGCAACUCUGCCAGGCUUUCGCCCGAGUACUCUCCCGCCCAACAUAGGGCCGAGAAGGACUUCACCCUGAGCUUCAUUGUACCUCUGUCGUCGUUGCACAAGUCGCAUCUGGGCAUGAUUGCCCACAACGCCGGAUGCGUUGUGUGCGGUAAGCUGCAGACGAACCGCUGCUCCGCUUGCCUCUCGGAGCGGUACUGUGGCGCCGAAUGCCAGAACGAGCAUUGGCAAGAGCACAAGACCGUCUGCCGCUCAGUCCGCGACGGGAAGUGGAUGGCCUUCCGCUUCAGCGAUGCCGACAUCAUGAUGGACGGCAGUCGGCGCUACACCCACAUCGCCGAACCGAACAUGUCGCCCAUGAACCAGAAGCGGCAGGCACAACGCGCAAGGAGCGGCGAGCCGCCCGAGAACAUACACGGCGACAAGGUGUUUCUCAUUAAUCUGCUUGACGGCGGGGUCACUGGGACGCGCAUCGAAAUCCACGACCGGACCGCGUCCAUUCGAUCUCAUAUACACAAGGAGGAUAAUGGAGAACACAUUCACGAGCUGCUCCCGGAAAGUGACGACUGGUAUCAUAUGUAUCGAUGGGCGAAACGGACUGGGGACUGGGAGUUGAGCAUAUGCCUCGAUCGCAAGCCGUCUGAGAAUCCACUCUGGUAG